AUGGCAUGUAUUGAUGCUCCUGAGGGGUUGUUUGGACCUCACAUGUUAUCUGAACAAGCUGAGCACUGGUGGGAGAAUACCCGCCAAAGAUUGGAAGUUGAUGUUGAUGCUUGUAAUCAUAACGAGAUUGAAUUCUUGGAACUGGAGCAGGGUAACAUAUCUGCAGCUGACUAUGCAACCAAGUUUGAAGAGAUGUCCAAGUACUAUCCUUACUAUAAUGGUGUGAAUGCUGAAGGUUCCAAGUGUGUGAAUUUUGAAAAUGGUUUGCUCCCCGAGAUUAAGCAGUUUAUCGAAUCUCAGGAGAUUUGUUGUUUCUCAGUGUUGGUUAACAAGUGCAGGAUUUAUGAUGAAGAUAACAAAGCAAGAUCUACCCACUAUAAGAGUGCAUAUGAAAAGAGAUCUACUAAUAAGAAUUGUGGCAAGCCGUAUGUAAAACCAAGUUCCAAGGAAAUUCAGAAAGCUGCAAACGAUAAUGGAAAUAGUGUGGGGUACUCCUUUUACUCUGAGGUAUGA